AUGAAGUUAAAUAUUUCUUAUCCAGCUAACGGUACUCAAAAAAGUAUCGAUAUCGAUGAUGACCACAAAUUAGCCGUCUUUAUGGAAAAAAGAAUGGGUCAAGAAGUUGCUGGUGAUUCAGUCGGUGAUGAAUUCAAAGGUUACAUCUUUAAAAUUACCGGUGGUAACGAUAAACAAGGUUUCCCAAUGAAACAAGGUGUUAUGCAUCCAACCAGAGUUCAAUUAUUAUUAGCUAAAGGUCACUCAUGUUACAGACCAAGAAGAAACGGUGAAAGAAAAAGAAAAUCCGUUAGAGGUUGUAUUGUUGGUCAAGAUUUAGCUGUUUUAUCAUUAGCUAUCGUUAAACAAGGUGAUUCCGAUAUCGAAGGUUUAACUGAUGCUACCGUUCCAAAAAGAUUAGGUCCAAAAAGAGCUAACCACAUCAGAAAAUUCUUCGGUUUAACCAAAGAAGAUGAUGUUAGACAAUUCGUUGUUAGAAGAGAAGUUACCAAAGGUGAUAAAACAUAUACUAAAGCUCCAAAAAUCCAAAGAUUAGUUACUCCUCAAACUUUACAAAGAAAGAGAGCCUUAAAAGCUAAAAAGAUCCAAAACGCUCAACAUCAAAGAGAUGCUGCUGCCGAAUACGCUCAAUUAUUAGCUCAAAGAUUACAUGAAAGAAAAGCUGAAAAAGCUGAAAUCAAAAAGAGAAGAGCUUCUUCUUUAAAAGCUUAA